AUGCAAGCGCGGACCCAGGAACCGGACCUGUUAUUGACACGAGACGGGGAUGAAGAGGCGAGUACGGACAGGAUGCCGUUGCGCAACGUCUGGAAUUGGCGGCUGAAGAUGAGGUGUUCGGAGCCGGGUGCGGGGACGGGGAACAUGUCACAAGCAAAGGUCCAGAAGUUCCAUGCUCUUAUUACCAACCCAAGGAAGAAUGCGCUGUCUACCGGCCUUUCCGAUUCGCUGUGCACCCCUCGUUUCGACAGCAUUUCACUCAUCCCUGCCCUGGCUUGGUUCCUCGAGUAG